AUGAAACCCUAUAAUCAAAUUUGUCAUUUAUUUUCACAAUCAGUUCGUUCGCAAACAUUAUUCUCACUUUCAUAUUUUUGUUCUCUUUUUUGUUCUCAAUAUAUUAUUCUAUCCAUCACUAAUUCCAAUUCAUUUUUCAGCGCUCUUCUUUGCGCGGAACACUCAAAACGACAUCAUUUCACGUGCUCCGCCCGACCGCAAAUUUUGUUUCGUCGAAACUCGCCGCCACCUUCACCAAAACCCCAAAACAUCAUUCAUCGGCAGCGACAACAACGGAUAACAGUUUGGCGAGUAGUAGUUUUGGUGGUGCUAGUUUUUGUAGCAUAAGCAGUAGUAGUGGAGGUGGUGACGACAAAAAACAAAACAACAACAACAACAACGACGACGUUGACACAAAAAUCAACACCGAAAUCAAAACGACGCACCAAAACGAAUCAAAUCAGCAACGAAGUCGUCGUCCGACGGCGAUGACUGUUGCGAGUUACAGUAUGGUAUUAUGUGGAACUUCGGAUGAUCACAGAUAUCGUGGAAGAAUUGAAAAGUUUGUUUUACAUAAAGAGCACCAUGAUUUGGAAUUUUCAUAGUUCUACAGUAAUCCUCAAUACAAUUCAAUUUUUGAUCUCUGUGGAUUUUCUACAGUAACCCUCUUUAAUCUUUUGGUUAGGCAAACUUUCUUGUUUUUUCUUUUGAGUUCCUCAAUGAUUUCCCCGUAAUUUCUCAUUGAAGUAACAAAACCAAUGACUCAAUUUUUGUCCCUAAAGGCUUUAUCGAAAACAAAUCAAAAAAUCAUUGUCUCUAAAUUCUUGUGAAAACCGAAAAACUAUCUUUUCACCGCAAACAAGUUUUUGAUAUCAUAUUAUAACUGACUAAUUACGAUGAAAACAAAAAUGACGUGGAUCAUCACAAUUCAAUUUUCAGGGUCAAAUUUGGUGUACCAAUCAAUGAAGCAUUUGCACAUGAUAUUCCAGCAACAUUGCUCAUGUUACUAUUGAAAGUAAACAAAGAUGGACCAACAAAAAAGGAUAUUUGGAGAGCUCCUGGAAAUCAGGCACAAGUUCGAAAAUUAUCAUCGAUUAUGGCACAUGGAAGACUUGUAAAUAUUGAAAAUUUUACCGUAUACACUGCUGCAUCUGUUAUUAAAGUUGGUUGUUCAAACACACCCGAACACAGUUUUACUAAUUAUUUUUAACUUUUCAGAAAUUUUUAUCUAAACUGCCUGGUGGUAUUUUUGGCCAAGUAAAUGAGGAAACGUUAUUCAACAGUGCUCUAAAUGGUUUGGAUUCUGAUAAACAACGACAAGUAUUUUAUCGAAUUUUUGGAUCACUUCCUGUUGGAUCACAACAUUUAUUAGUACUUCUUUUUGGAACUUUCAAAAUUGUUGCCAAUACUACGGAUGGACAUUCAAAUAGUAUGAAUCCAAAUGCUAUUGCUAUUUCAGUUGCUCCUUCUUUAUUCCAUACUUGUAUAACAGAAGGACGACAGGUUUGUGAUUAAAUAAUUCAAUAAGAAUUGAUCAGAUAUGUCAAUAAGGACUUACCGAAUUCCACCACAAACUUCUAGGAAUUUUUUAUAAGUUUUUUUGGUUAGAUAUUACAAAAAAUAUUUUCUGAACUUCUCACUUUUAAUUUUAAUUACCUCUAUUUUAGUCCACAGGUUUCAAAAAGUAAGGAAUAUAUUUUGGUUUCAUGCUUCCAAAAAAUUUGACGUGUUGGAAAAAAGUUCAAUACCGAAUAUCCCUGGAUUAAAAAUUAUAAAACCAUACAAUUAAAUAAAUUCAGGCUCGCGUGGAAGAUCUUCAACGUUUCAAACUUGCUUCCGACAUUGUUCGAUCAAUAAUUUGUUCAUUUGGAGACACCAAACUAUUUCCACGUGAAUGUUACGAGUAUUAUGCACGAUACACGGGUAGAACAUUACGAAUUGAUGAAAAUAGAAUGUUCACCUUUCAUAAUCCCUCGAGUGAGUUUUCUAAUCAAACAUCUCCCACACCACAAACUCCCCCCACAUCUUCUUGCCACUCUUCUUCCACAAUCCACCAUCACAAUCUUCAUUUAGCGCAACAACAAUCUGUUGCACACUAAACUAACAUCCCUCUCUUAAUUACUUACUUACGUAUAUUAGUCUCUUUUUCUUCAUUAAUUAACCGGGUAAUUAAUCUCUCUCUCUCUCUUUUUUUUCAUAUUCACAACUCAAACCCUCUUAUUUUCCUUAUGCAUGUUAUCGCAUGUCCAAAUACCUUCAGAUAAAAUCCUACUGAUUUUUCAUUAUUAUUUUUGAUCUCCCCAAUUUUAUUUUUUUUUUACUAUUAUUAUUUGUUGUCUGGUUGUCUGUCUGUGAUGGAAGAAAGAAAUAAACACUUUUUGUCGUUUUUUCUUGUGUUCAAGCAUGAAUUCGGGCGGGUAUGAAAAAGCACUGGAAUGAAAAAAUAUUCAUUAUUAUGUUUGGGUGUGGUGAUUUGGUGUAGUCACAAAAUCGAUGUUGUUACGUAAAAAGAAUCGGAUAAAAAAACCGAAGCAAACAUUGUGAUUGAGAAAACAAUAUAUAUUUUGUUAAAGUCCCCUGCCUAACAGUGUCCGAUUAUUUAGAUCGUCGCGCUCGUGGAGAAGAAUUUGAAGUGAUUUCUGCACAAUGUGCUGGUGCAUAUUCAUUGGCUGCUCUUCAUCUAAAUGAUAAUAAUCCAAUAUCAACUGCUACAACAGCAACAUCAAAUGAUCUUCGACCAACAACAUCAACCACAAAUAAUAACAAUAUCAACAACAACAACAAUAAUAAUAACAAUCAAAAAUCUCGACUAAUUUCUCGAGCUGGAUCAUUGAAACAACCAAAUCCAAUGAUUCAUACAACUGAUCAUCCAAAAAGAAGUUUUUCAAUUGUUGCCGAAGUUCAUCCGGGUGAUUUGAGACCAUCAAUAAGUUGUGAUUUUUAAACUAUCGCUUUAAUUGUUGUUUGUUUUUUUCGUGUUUCAAUUUGAUUUUUUCAUCCAUUUGCGAGAUUUUUUUAUUUUAAUUCGGUUCUGUGUUUUAACACCUUGAUAUUAUUCAGGGAUGUUUGUUGUGCACACUAUUUUUUAUAUUCAUUAUUUACAUAUGAUUUUGAUUUUUCUUGUGUGAAAUAUUUUAGGUUACGUCGUCUCUCAUUCUCAAUACGUGUGUGUUUUUCCAAAAAAUAUUAUACCAUUCUCCACUUGAUACUUUGAUUUCAAUUUUUUCAACACAAAAAACAACUGAUUGACAUAUCCAUUUUCUCAUUCAUUCUCUUUCUGAAUACAUUAAUUAAUUAUUUUGUGUAGCUCCAAUAAAUACAACUAAAAAGUAUAUUCAAGUAGAAUAGUUUGGAAAAUUUAGGUUUCUAUUCCGAUCCAACAAAGGAUAAUGUGACGCAAGAAAAUCGGCAAUCUAGUCAACUUGGUGGAACUGCAAAAGCGAGAUGUCGAAAAGAUCAAUUGCCUUUUAUAGAAAGAAUCAAUAAUCGACUGAGUAGCAGUGUCGGAGAGGUUUGUGAAAGUUUUGUAUUUUUAGAUAAACAAUUAAACAUAGUUAUUAACCAAGAGAUUCGACUGUGUAUAGGGAGUCCGAACUUCCAAAAUAUAAUUUAGAAUAACAUGUUAGGAUUCCGAAUUAUCAAGAAUUAUCAUCGAAGGCAUGACUUACAAAAUAAUCUAAAAAAAAUGAAUUUUAUCACGAAAGCAGAAAUGAAAAAAAGAGUCACGUUUAAAAAUUAAAAAUAAAUCUAUUUUUGUUCUAUCUAAAAAUUUCAGGUUCUUCACGAAGGGACAUCUGAUAUUGAAGAAAUAGGUGAUCUCGAUUUAGCCCGUCCAAUCACAGCUUGUGGCGGUGAUCGGUCACUUUCAUAUCUUCAAUAUGUUCAUGAUAAUCAAGCACGGCGAAUGAAAAGUCGAAGUGAAUGGUUUUUAUCUCCAAAUGGCUCAAAAUCAGUGGAUUACUGUACAUUAACCCCAUCACCGCCUCCUUUAUCAAUUGAAGUUCCACAGCCAAAACCAAGAGUUCCACUUCAAACAAGCGCAAAAUCAAACAUGUCAUCGAAUGAUAGUCUACCUCGACAAACUCCCGAUCGAAGAAAAUCUCUCAAAUUUCGAACUGCUGCAUUUGCAGCUCAUCCGAGUGUUAGUUCAAAAAACGAACUCAAAUCUCAAGAAAAAUAUUAAUUCUUUUUCAGCAUUCUCUGGAUUAUGAUUCAACACCAAAUCGAUUCGAAACAUCUCGUCUCCGAAGUCAUACUUCUGUUGAAGCUGAAACAUGGUUGACUGAUGUUGUAAGCAGUUCAACAAACGAUGAAGAGAUUCCGAAAAAACGUCGGAGUUUGAAAAAGAAAACAUCUACCAAAUUUUGA